AUGAAAUCUGGCGAAAUGCGCGACACCAUUGCAAAGCAGGAGAAAGUGAUUGCUUUCGAAAUGGAGAGCGCGGGCGUGUGGGACAAUUUUCCCUGCGUUGUCAUCAAAGGCGCUUGUGAUUAUGCCGAUAGCCACAAGUCGAAGCGGUGGCAAAGAUAUGCAGCUGCCACGGCUGCAGCCUAUAUGAAGGCUUUCUUGGACUACUGGGCCCCUUCGUCAAAAGCAGUCUGGUGUCACAAACAUCACUGCACUGAAAGCUUGCUAUACCGCGAGCAAGAAUCAGAACAACUGGCUCGCAUUAUGGAUACCCGACUUCUUGAAGGUUUUGAUCGUGUACAGAGUCAUGUAGCGAGCAGUAUGCAAAAUAUCGCAACAUCCAUAUCGAAGACUUUGGUAGCUGCGAAUGAUUCUCACAACCUGGGCCAGAUUGUAAGGGCUGAACUCAAGCGGCAACUCACACCUUUCUCGGACAAUUUUAGUCGGUCCUCUGGGGCAAUAGACGGGAUUGCGACCCAUAUUUCCAAGCAGGCGCACGAAGAAAACAUUUUUGAGCCCUCGAACCAUGCAAAGACCCGAACCAGUCCAUCGCAUAGUCCCGCGAGUAGCCCCGGACCUGGUGUCUCUUCCACGGACUCACCACAAGAGUCUAUGACCCGCCAUGGAACGUCUCUUGUCCUGUCUCAUUCAUCCAAUCGUACACUGGCAAAGCCCCAAGUUGUGCCUUUGCUCUCUACAUUCAAUUACAUUAGAACUCCAAUUGGAGUCUUGGUCAUCAAGGUUACCUCUUACCGCAUCCGCAACAGCGUACCAAGGCAGGACGAAAAGUACUUCCGAAUCACACUCACCUUUAUACCAAAAAAACAGCUCUGCUUACAGGGACUCUCCAUUGCAUAUUCGUCCGGUCCUGACAACGCGGGUUACUAUGACAUUCUCCCACGUAUUCAAUUAUUCUCGAUUAUCCCGGAUGAUUCUCCCCUUUACGAUAUACUUUAUGACGAUGACCUUGCCGCUUUUAUGGAAAUGCUCCAAGAUCGGCGCUUGAGUCUCAGAGACAGAGAUGGAAAUGGCCUCAAUGUUUUUUUCUUGUCAGUCGCUUUGGGGGCACCAUCUAUUUCCCGAUAUCUCCUCCAUGAAAGUGGCUAUAGAAUGCUACUAGAUGACGUGGAUGAGAUUCCAUUCAAUCACCUUGCCAGGUGGGUGUUAUACCCGAAAAAGCUUGAUCAAAUUGAAGAACUGCUACCUUCAAUUCGAGACUGCGUCGAUGCGCCACACCCAACUUCGCCAGGACUGAUGUUUUGCUGGACCAAUCUCUACGAAAAUAUUUGUCAAGGAUUCGCUUUCCAGGAUGCGGUUCGGGUUUUUCAAUUGUUCUUGAGAUAUGGUGCAGUUUUUCGAUCAUUCGGGUGGGAGAGAACUGAAAAUAUGGCAGAGCACGAGACUCUCCUCAGGCUUUAUCUGGAUAUCGGAGGAGAUCCAAAUAUUCGCGAAGAAGAGGGGUGGUCCCCCCUUGCACUCGCCUUAUACUUUAUAUACGACUUCAAACGUCUCGAGACCUCGGACCAAGAACUUCCAGACCGUCAAAUGUCAGGUGAAGCGAUUCCACUCAACACGAAGUCGAAGAGCCAAGAUCAUCAAAGAUGCAUAAAUCUCCUUACAUCAUUGAUCUCUGCUGGCGCAGAUAUCCACGAAUCUGCAACUGGUGAUCGAAUUCUCAUGCUUUGCGAGAUAGCCGACGACUACGAGAUCUAUGAUAUAUGGGAGAAGGCACUGUGCGAGUGUGGAUUCAAUGAAGAUGAUGUUUGGCAAGAGUCUAUGCGAAGGAAACGGGAAAUGAACAGAUUGGAGGGAGCUACACGCACGGGUGUUGAUGUUCGAGUGCUGGAUGAGCAAUCCUCGGGACUGAGAUUCAGGGGCAGGAGGAAUGAUUCAGGCUCUUAA